AUGGCAGACCCAUACAAUCCAUACGGUUCAUACUCAACGCCCGCCCCAGGCGGCGUGGGCUACUAUCCCCCAGAAGAUCAGUCUCAAUGCCCUGCAUAUCCAUAUCAGCAGCCAUACGGAACUGCAGACCCACAGCCAAUCCCAGACCAGGGCCAUGCCUAUCCCCCACAGUCCAGCCCGUACAACCUCGCUGCAGAAAUUUAUGCGCCCAGGAGUCACACUCCUAUAGGGCAGCCCAACUACCUCGCUCCCGGCGCUCCAGCAAACCCGUACGCGCGCAGCGGCGAGAACUUGGGAUACUACAAUGACCACCCAGCCGAAAAACCACGCUACACACCCUCUGCAAGUCCCCACCCGCCUGCGGUUUCCAUCUCCGACCAUGAUACACGCUGCGACGAGAUGAGAGAGCAGCGCUCGGACAACGAGCACGAAAGCUCGGACCGGGAAACCGAUCGUGGUCUGGGGAGUUCGCUAGCUGGUGGUGCGGCAGGCUAUUACUUCGGCCAUAAGAAGGAUCAUGGCUUGCUUGGUGCGAUUAGUGGUGCGAUUCUGGGGAAUUUCCUUGAGGAUAAGGUGAAGGAUCAUAAGAAGCAUGAUCGGGAUGAGUCUGAGCAUCGGCAUGGUCGGCAUGGUCAUCAUCAUCACCAUCAUCACCAUCGGAGUCAUUCGAGGCAUAGUGAUAGUGGGCAUAGUGGGAAUUCGCAUCAUUCACAUUCUCGUUCGCAUCAUGGUAGUCACUCCAGGCAUCGUGAGGAUGAGUAUUGA